AUGAUUCUCCAACAUUCUGUUUUUCGUUCUAAAUUGAAGGAAAAAGAAAAGGAAAAGAAGAGUCGUGAACUCUUUCUCCUUGUGCGUCGAAAUAAUUUCUUGUUGUUUCAUCAUGUUCAACCAAAUUUGCAUACAAGGAACCGUUUCCUGCCAUGUGGUAUAAGAAGGAGAAAGGAUCCAAUUGUAGGAACAUUAAUCAUAAUGGGAGGAAAAGCUUUCAGUUUCUUUCUAGCAGCAAAUCAACCGACAACUUUUCAUCCCGCCAUUCUCAUUCUUAGAGUCACAGAACAAAAAUGA